AUGGACAUUGAAUCUCCACCAGAGGACAACUCUGAUGCCCCUCAAGACCCGAUGAGAUCGCUGGAUGCCGAGCUUAGAGAACACUUCAAGUUGUUGUACAUGCUCGAGCCUGGUGAUCAUCUCAACUCCAAGCUUGGUCUGCAAGACCUGUACAGGACGAGCCUCCUGACUGCUGUUUUCUGCCGUGAACCUCUCACUGCGUUGUAUACACACUCUGCGUUUCAAAUGAUUUCUGUCAUUGCCGGAAGCUACCUCGUCAUCCGAGCGUACCUGCGAUCCUCGCAGUACCGCGAUGAUCAACAUCGGAUGGUGAAGGUCGACACGGUCUUGAUCCAGACUCCUUACCAGAGGAACCCAACAUGGAUCGACUUCAGCUUGGCAAGCUGUGCCUGGGAGGAGAACCUGCAUCUCGUACUUGAGCUCGUACAGGGAUUCGCAAUCAUCUUGUCCUCAUUGUUCGCUCACUUCUGCAUUACAAGAGCGCCGAGAAAGAUCUUCGCGUUGGCUGGUUUGAUUGUUGGACUUGGAAAUCUGGUCCUAUUCAUCGGGUCCGACGGAAGUUCUGCAUACGUGGUGGCAUACGAGUGCUUGACGACAUUCUUUGUGGUGAGUGAAACUUUGUUUGAGCUUCAGAUGACUUCUAACCCAAUGAUGCAGUCCAUCUUUGUAUUUCCUUGUCCCAUUCUCUUCAUGGAAACUUUUGUGCUUGAGCUGAUAGCGGCAUCACUAAGUAUCAGGAUGAUUGCUGAUGGUGUGAACAAGUCUAUCAAAGUAGAAGUGCUGGUUGCCUUCGUCUUGUUCAGCCUGGCGUUGCUCCUGAAGGUUGCCCAGAAAGCCAAGGCAUCACAAGCAAUGAAAGAAGACGCUGUCAAGUUUGACUCUGCAUGGAGAGCGAUGAUGGAGACGUCAGCAUCGCAAUCUUUCCUUGAAGACACUGACAGGAUCUUGAAAGACUUCUUCGCGCUGUACCCGACCAAGUCGCUUCCCAACUGCAAGCAUACCUUCAUGAUGCCAGAGUCUCUGGUGAAAGAGCCCUCGGCGGGCAAAGUGAGCCAGGCGACCUCGAGGAGCUCUAGAGUGCUUCCGAUGGACAGCAUGAUCUCCCUGCCUAUCAGCACCUUCACAGACUCUACUCCCUCCUUCCCUGUCCUCAACUUGGAUCAACUUUACGCGAGGUCAGUCGUUGUGCUGCCGAUGUUCUUGCGCAAAGUCGUGGCAGUAGGGAGAGAUUGGAGAGGACACUGUUGCUACCAGCUUCCGGGGACGAGUGAGAAGCAGUACAUGUUGUACAAGGACUUGGAAUCGUCUCCUGAGGUGCUUCGAAGUGUUUACUUGUCGAGCAUCAAGAACGUCCAACGGUCGGUGAAGAAGACCUUGACUUUCCUGCAUGGCGACGUGUCGCAGUUGACCGACAUUGUGAGACAGAGCAUCCUCUUCGACAACUUGCAAGAUCUCAAUGGAGCUCUACAGCAACUCAUCGACGACGGCGAGAUUGAGGUCGUCUUCAUCAGAAACCGACUGAGCGGCGGCGGCGGCCAGCGGGAUAUUACAAUCAACAUCUGCUUCACCCACGACUUGGCGGUCAGGACCAACCUGCUGGGCCACGUCUGUGAACUUCGCCUCGGCCUCAAAGAGAUCCACUCCAACAUAUCCCCAGCAGACCACGAGCUGUUCCUCGAGAGGAAGCUAGUGCUGCAGACGCGCAGGAUAGAGCGAGGGAGGGGGAACAGCUCGCUGGUGAUGAUGCGGCAGGGGAGAAAGUUGCUGCUCGCUUUCUCCUCCUUCCUUCGGAUGAAGAUGCGCAACGAGAGCUCAGGCGCAGACGCCGUGGCACCGGGCCAGCUCCUCAUGACAGUCAAGGGGAUGAUGCCGGGGGGGCUGCUGGACUUUAUGAUCCACUCGGCGGAGGCCGGGGUGGAGGAGGCGGAGACUGCGAGUGUUAUGUUUUCAUCCCGCCCAGUGACCAAUGUGAUUCGAAAGCGUCUGUUUCAGAUGAUCCUUGUGGUGCUUGGGGUUGCGAUGAUAGCGAGUUGGAUGCUCAACGACAGCAUUCCCAUCAGGAUGCUCUGGAGGGAUCGGCAAUACGAUGUCUUCCACGCUCGUAUCACUGUGUUGCAAGUCAGGUCUCCCGAUGCUGAGACAGCGUCCUUGGGUAGAGUGAGUUUCUUCAAGGACUGUCAACGGUUCACUCCAACCUUGGUGGCGUCAAAUGGAACUCGAUUCUUCUUCACCUUCAGCAGCCAAGUGGUUGUGAAUGGAUGGGAGUUCUACACAGAUUCAGCAGAAUCCUCCUUCGAUCAUGAUCCGAUGUCUCUGGAGAUGCACGUGAGCGAUCAGAUCGUGAAGCUAGAUCCGACUGAUCUCACUGAAUCUCAGUGGAGGUUGAUUACCAAGUUCGAUUGUGCUCUCAGUGCCAAGACCGAGCUCUGCCGAUCUUCGGUCGCCAACGUCACUGCAACGCGGGGUCAACGGUACUACUUCGAUCUGAGGGACUCAUGGCAGACGGUAGGGGAGAUAAUCAACAUGGGGCUACGACUCUUGGCAACCUUCGGAACUGCUGCGCUGGCUAGCAUGGGCUUCAUCUUUCUGGGAAAGACAACCUUGGCAAGCUCCUUCCAUGGAGCAGGAGUCAUAGACAUAGUAAUCGCUGCCUUCACUCCCCUUGACGCACUCGGCUUCCUUCAGUCGAUCCUCUGGGGGCUCUUGGAGCUGGUCUACGGGCUGAUCGUACAGUUCAGGGAGGAGCAUACUAUCUCCUUCAUGCCCGUGUACUGCCUGUGCGGGUCCGCCAUGAACCUGCUGAUGACAAACUUGAGGCAAGCUCGCUUCAGCCUCACCCCCAACACCCUCAGGUUGGACUUGACCUUCCCCUUCUACGCCUGGGCCCUCUUCUACCUCUGGCGCCAGUACCUUCUCUUCAAGUCCUUCAGCAAGAUCCGGGCAGACCUCGCACAGUACCAGCAGCUCUGGCAGCAGCUGGAGAGAGACGCUGCCGCCUUAGCUGAGCUCGGCGACUCGCUCGCCAAGAUUGACCUGCAGCCUCCAGCAGCUCAAUGCCUCUCUCGCGCCUCCGCUGCCGCAACUUUGCCCAGCACGCCGAUAGGGCUUGAGAGCAGCAACAAGAGUAGAGAGGAGAGGACAAGCCUGAUGCGACGAAUAUCGGGAAGAGCAGGGAUGAUGUCGCGAGCACAGGCCAUCCCUCGGCAGCUGAGAGUGGGCUCGCUCGAGCAGCUGUACGCUCAAGCUCUCGUCAUCCUGCCCGCCUUCUUCGACAAGAUCAAGGAGCUCGGGUCGAGAUGCGACUGCCUGUUUCUGCUGGAGGAGGAGGCGGAGGGAGGGCCGCGCUACGUGUCUUGGGCUGAGACCGAGGAGGAUCCCUUGCUGAAGUCGCUCAUCCGACGACCAGCCCUCAAGGCCGCCACCCGAUCCAUCGCCAAGGUCCUUCGAUCGUACAAGGGCGACGCGUCGCGGCUGACCGACAUCGUGCGGUAUGCUCUCGUGUUCGAGGACCUGGGAAAGCUCAGGAGGGCUGUGGAGGUGGCGAGGGAGGACCCGGAGAUUCUGAUUGCUAGGAUGAAGAACCGGUUUGACCCCUCCUACAACUCGAUGAAGACAGGUGGGUAUCGCGACAUCUGCUUGAACAUUCGCAUCAGCAACGACUACACGCGCAGGAACUUGGUCGACUCACACAUCUGCGAGCUGCAGCUGGUGCUCAAGAGCUUCAUGGAGCUGAGAACUGACAAGGGACACAAGAACUACCGCGUGUUCCGCGACCAGCGAUGCGAGUAG